AUGCCACUGGCUGCAAGGAGUACAAAUUGGCCUGGGGUGUCCAUCGUGAAGCCCCUUGCCGGCGCAGAUCCCAAUCUGGAAUCCAACCUGGAAAGUUUCUUCACUUUGAACUACCCUCUUUUCGAGAUACUGAUCUGCGUGCACGAGGACGGAGAUCCUAUAAUCGAGUCCGUCAAGCGACUGCAAAAGAAAUAUCCGCAUGUGGAAUGUCGAAUCUUCGUCGGAGGCGAGAACGUCGGACCCAAUCCCAAGAUCAACAACCUGUUGCCCGGAUACCGAGCGGCGAAAUACGAUAUCUUCUGGAUCACCGACGGGGGGAUUCGGAUCACCCCAGACACGUUGAUGGACAUGGUGCACUGCCAGACGGACGAAGUGGGUCUCGUGCAUCAGGUGCCUUUGGUCCGAGACGAUCAAGGGUUCGCCACCGCCUUGGAGAAAGUCUUCUUCGGCACGGUCGUCGCACGCGUCUACCUCGCGUUUGCCGUGCAUGGGAUGAAUUGUUUUAUCGGAAUGAGCGCCUUGGUGAGGAGGAGCGUUUUCAUAGACAUCGGAGGGAUCGAACAGUUCUCCUGCUACGUGGGCGAUGAUUUCUACAUGGCUGAGGCCAUAAUCUCCAAAGGAUACAAACUCGCAAUUUCCUCCCAACCGGUAUGGCAAAAUUCGGGCUCGAAACGGUUGUCGACAUUUCUAGCUCGAAUAUCGCGGUGGGCUCAGUAUAGGUAUGCGAGUAAGCCUCUUCGGUUUGUUUUGGAGCCGUUCUUGGAGUGUCUCUUCCUAGGCCUCGAGGGAGCAUGGGCCGCUCGAAUGCUCUUUGGCUGGAACCCCCUUCUGUUUUUUUCACUUCACGUCCUUAUUUGGUUCAUAUUAGACUUGAUCCUCAUUAAAGUGGUCAACGGAGGACAUAUGCCGGUGAAUAUGUUUCAGUUUCUCGUCUGCUGGAUUUUUCGAGAAUGCACAAUGUGGUAUCCGUACCUCGUGGCCGUGUUCGUCCCAACGAUCAAGUGGCGAACAGGUAACUAUCGACUCGGCUGGGGCGGGAAAGUGAAAGAAUUCACGCCUGCAAUGUCAUCAGCCCCUCCUUCCAUCGUCUGA